UCAAUAUCUUCUCUUCUGCCUACGCCUCGCUCCCGGUGGUGUUCUUCCCGUGUACGAAACAUGCUUGGCCUGCGUGGAUCAGUUCGAUUGCUAACUGAAGUCAAUCAAAGUCUUCUUCAAAAUGCAACAUUCCGUUGCCAACGCGUGCAAGGUCUCCGUGUUGGUAACACUGAGAUUCCUAAUGACAAGAAAUUGGAGGUUGCUCUUCAAUACAUUCAUGGAAUUGGCCGCAAAAGAGCUCAUCAAAUACUUUGUGAAUUAAGCUUGGUGAACAAACCUACCAAGGAUUUGACUGGAAUAGAACUCAACUCUCUUAGAGAAGAAGUCUCCAAGUACCUGACUGGACCAGAUCUGGCGCGACGUGUUAAAGCUGAUGUACAGAGAUUGGUAGACAUCGAGUGCUACAGAGGAUAUAGGCAUGUUGAAGGGUUGCCAUGCAGAGGACAGCGCACUUCAACCAAUGCACGGACCAGAAAGGAACACCAAAAGUAUGGGUCUCAGGAAGUUGCUGAGCGGAUUCGGAAACAUCAAGAAAGAAAUCAAGCCAAAUGGUUUCAUCUGAACAACUUGAUAGAUGAUGGUCACUAUACUGAAUUACUAAUGGUUAUAAUCCUAGCAAUCCUUGCAAAACCAAUGCAGAAGCUGAGCUCGACUUUGAGAUGUGGGCCGAGAAAUAUGUUAUCCAAAUUGGCCCUUGAUGACGCGAGUAAGAGUAACAACGAUUGUUCUACCUCUAAGGCUGCGCUCACGGAAAAGAAAAUGGCGCAAACACUGGCAAUGCCUGUGGUACCCUCUCUCUCUGCGAUAUGCAACGGACUAAAAAGUACUUGUCUCUCCAACUCCAUCUCUCUUCCUAUUUCAAACCCUCCCAAGGCUGGCAGUCUAAGCAUCCGAUGUGCCCGUGUUGGAGGAGUGGAGAUUCCAAAUAACAAGCGAGUCGAAUAUUCUCUUCAGUACAUUCAUGGAAUUGGCCGCUCUAUAGCUCGCCAAAUCCUUUCUGAUCUCACCAUGGAAAACAAAAUCACCAAGGACUUAUCGGAGGAUGAGCUCAUUACUCUUCGUGAUGAAGUUUCCAAGUACAUGAUUGAAGGAGAUUUGAGACGGUUUAAUGCCCUCAAUAUAAGGAGGUUGAAGGAGAUUCAGUGUUAUAGAGGGGUAAGGCAUAUUCAGGGUUUGCCAUGCAGGGGGCAGCGCACAAAGAACAAUUGCCGAACUUUGAAGGGGAAGAGGGUUUCUAUUCCAGGAAAGAAGAAAGCACCUCGUUAGUGAAUCAGGUUGUGUUUAUCUUAUCUAGUUGUUUGUCAUCUGUGAAUUGAAUUUUGUGUGAAUCAAUUUGUAUUACUGAUGUUCUUUAGGUAAUCAGAUUGAGUCUCUGAUCUAUGGAAGUGUUUUGGCAUGAUUCGAAUUUUCCACU